AUGGCUAUUGCCGCCAGAUCGAACCUAAUCUUGGUGCCAGAUCUGUUUAUGUCGGAGUCAAGUCUUAACAUGCUGUCUCCCAAUGGACGCUCCUAUAUGUGGGAUAAGGAUGCAGAUGGAUAUACCCGUGGAGAAGGAACGUCGGCCGUCAUACUCAAGACGCUGAGCCAGGCCAUUGCUGACAGCGAUCACAUUGAAUGCAUCAUUCGAGAGACAGGCGUCAACCAAGACGGCCAAACUCCAGGUAUUACUAUGCCAAGCCCAACAGCACAAGCCGAGCUCAUCAGGUCCACAUAUACCAAGGCAGGUCUUAAUCUGAGACUUAAAUCUGAUCGACCACAAUACUUUGAAGCCCAUGGGACUGGAACACAAGCUGGCGACCCAAGGGAGGCUGAAGCAGUCUCGACAGUCUUCUUCCCCAAAGGUUCCAUUUACGACCGCAAACUCACAGUUGGCUCUGUCAAGACCCUGAUAGGACAUCUCAAGGGUAGUGCAGGUCUCGCUGGUGUCUUAAAGACAUCACAAGCUCUUCAACAUGGCCAAAUCCCCGCCAAUGUUCACUUCAAGACCCUCAAUCCCAAGAUCGAGCCUUUCUAUGGAAAUCUGCAAACUCGCCGUGCUAGUGUGAACAGUUUUGGUUUUGGAGGAACAAAUGCGCACGCUAUCCUUGAGGCCUGGGAAAGCAAAAGACAGGAGUCAGGCAGUCAUUCUAAGACUGAAGGUGGUCUAUUUGUAUUGUCCGCAAAUUCAGCGCAGUCCCUGGCUUCGAGGGCGUCGAAACUCUGUCACUACUUGGAAAGCAACCCCGAGACAGACCUUCGGUGUCUGUCAUACACCCUCUUCCAUCGCGCUAACUUCGGUUUCCGCGCGGCCUUCUCUGCGACAAGUGUGCAACAGCUCACCGAAAAGCUCAAGACAGCUGUUCUGAACAAGGUCCCUCGCACCACGAGCAUCCCGGAGAAAAUGCCACCACGCAUCCUUGGUGUCUUCACAGGCCAGGGUGCCCAGUGGGCUACCAUGGGUGUUCAACUCCAUGAAUCGUCGAAUGUCUUCCGCAGUGCUUUCUUACCUGUACAAGUGGCCCUUAUCGACAUGCUGCGUGCGGCUAGAGUACAGUUCUCAGGCGUUGUUGGCCAUUCAUCCGGUAAAAUUGCUGCUACGUAUACGGCUGGUUACCUUAAUGCGCACAACGCCAUUCGUAUUGCGUACUUCCGCGGAUUCCAUUCGAAAAAGGCUCAAGGGCCCGAGGGGUCUAGUAGCAAGAUGAUAGCAGUAGGCAUGUCGAUUGAUCAAGCUGCUAGAUUCUGCGCGGAGUCGAGAGGAACCAUCAAGAUUACAGCCAGUAACUCGGCUCGCAGUUGCACUCUCGCGGGUGACGCUUCAGCUAUUAACUCCGCCAAAGAGAAGCUCGACGCAGCUGGGACAUUUGCGAGAGUGUUACAAGUCAACACGGCCUAUCACUCACAUCACAUAGUGCCAGUCGCCAAGCCAUAUCUCGACUCGCUUCAGAAGUGCAGCAUCAAGAUUAACAAAAGUCCUGGAAACGAUGUGGCUUGGUACUCAAGCGUUUGGGGGUCCAAUGGACGCAGCCGCUCAUUCACGGGCGACGAUACUGAGUCACUGAAGGGCCAAUACUGGGUUGACAAUAUGACCAACACUGUGCUUUUUAGUCAAGCGGUUCAGAGAGCGGUCAAUGAAAGCCACCUGUUUGACUUUGCACUUGAGGUUGGACCUCACCCCGCUCUGAAAGGCCCUGCAACAGAGACUAUCAACAACAUUACAGGCAUUGGCCUCCCAUACUCCGGCGUGCUUAAGCGCGGCCAGCACGACGUGGAAUCUUUCUUUGACGCUUUGGGGCUCUUGUGGAAAGCAUUUCCACUUCAGAGUGGACGGUCCAUUAUCGGCUUUGACGGCAUUGAGUGA